AUGAGGCAAGCUGGAAUAUAUUCAAGAAUAUCAUCAUCAUCAUCCAGCGGCAGGAGAGGGAGUCAGCAGCACUCGUUGCCAUUGGCCCGGAUCAAGAAGAUCAUGAAGAAAUCUGACGAUGGCGUGGAGAUGAUCUCGGGCGAGGCACCGAUCGUGUUCUCGAGGGCUAUCGAGCUGUUCGUCGAGGAGUUGACCAGGAAGUCGUGGAUGCUGGCCGCGGAAGAUAAGAGGAGGACGCUCCAGAGGGACGACGUCGUGUCUGCGAUCCACGGGACCGAUGUGUUCGAUUUUCUGGUGGACUUGGUCUGUGUUCCUGAUCAACAGAACGAACGAAAAGAGAGUCCAGUUGGAUCUGAGACCGAGACGGUGGGAUCAAAGAGGACCAAAGUGGGACCUUGAUUCAAGUCAGCUGUA